GUGGCGGCGCCACGGAAAGUGUCGAUACCCAGCAUGGCCUCAUCAUCAACACCUAAAUAUAAUUCAAACUCCUUGGAGAGCUCCUCAAGUAAAUGGACUCUGAAAGAUGGAACUAACUGGGAACAAAAUGAAGAAAUACCUCGUUUGCCAGGAGAGACCAGGGUUACAGAUAAGGAUGUUAUUUAUAUGUGUCCAUUUAAUGGUCCUGUUAAAGGAAGAGUGUACAUCACGAACUACAGGCUGUACCUAAGAAGUGUGGAAAAUGAUCCAGUUGUAAUAUUGAAUGUUCCAUUAGGCGUAAUUUCAAGGAUUGAAAAAAUGGGAGGAGCUUCAAGCAGAGGAGAGAACUCUUAUGGAUUAGAUAUAACCUGUAAAGAUAUGAGGAAUUUACGGUUUGCAUUAAAGCAAGAAGGGCACAGUAGAAGAGAUAUAUUUGAAGUCCUCACAAAAUAUGCUUUUCCUCAGUCACAUAACUCGCUUUUUUUUGCUUUUGUAAAUGAGGAAAAGUUUUCUGAAAAUGGAUGGAUGGUGUACAACCCGAUGUCUGAAUACAGGAGACAGGGGCUGCCUAAUGAACGGUGGCGAGUGACUUUCAUUAAUGAGCAUUACGGGCUGUGUGACACAUACCCAUCACUCUUGGUCGUGCCAUACAAUGCAACAGAUGAUGAUCUCAAGAAAGUUGCUGCCUUUAGGUCCCGAAAUAGAAUCCCGGUUCUCUCAUGGAUUCAUCCGGAGACCCAAGCUGUAAUCAUGCGUUGCAGUCAGCCCCUGGUUGGAAUGAGUGGCAAGCGGAAUAAAGAUGAUGAAAGAUACCUCGAUAUCAUUAGGGAGGCCAACAGGCAGAUCUCUAAACUUACCAUCUAUGAUGCAAGGCCCAAUGUCAAUGCAGUUGCAAACAAGGCAACUGGGGGAGGAUACGAAGGUGAAGAUGCAUAUCCCAAUGCAGAACUUUUCUUCUUGGACAUUCAUAAUAUUCAUGUCAUGCGGGAAUCUUUGAAGAAGCUGAAGGACAUUGUUUAUCCUAACGUGGAAGAAUCACACUGGUUGUCAAGUCUGGAAUCAACCCAUUGGUUAGAACAUAUAAAGCUCGUUCUGACAGGAGCCAUUCAGGUGGCAGACAAGGUGUCAUCAGGCCGGAGCUCGGUGCUGGUUCACUGCAGUGACGGCUGGGACCGCACGGCUCAGCUCACCUCCCUGGCCAUGCUCAUGCUGGACAGCUACUACAGAACCAUUGAAGGCUUUGAAGUUCUGGUGCAAAAGGAGUGGAUAAGCUUUGGACACAAGUUUGCAUCGAGAAUAGGCCACGGUGAUAAAAAUCAUGCUGAUGCAGACAGAUCACCCAUCUUUCUCCAGUUUAUUGAUUGUGUGUGGCAGAUGUCUAAACAGUUUCCUACGGCCUUUGAAUUCAACGAGCAGUUCCUGAUUACAAUCUUGGAUCACUUGUACAGCUGCCGGUUUGGCACUUUCUUGUAUAACAGCGAGUUUCUCAGAGAAAAAGAGAAAGUGACUGAGAAAACGUUAUCAUUAUGGUCUUUGAUAAACAGUGAAAAAUCUAAAUACACCAAUCCUUUUUAUAGUAAAGAGGUAAAUAGAGCACUCUAUCCAGUAGCCAGCAUGAGGCAUUUAGAGCUCUGGGUCAAUUACUACAUCAGGUGGAACCCAAGGAUUCGGCAACAACAGCCAAACCCUGUGGACCAGCGUUACAUGGAGCUCCUUGCAUUGCGUGAUGAUUAUAUCAGGAGACUUGAAGAGCUUCAGAUCACAAAUAAUUCUAAGAUAUCCAAUUCAUCAGCCUCAUCAACAUCUCCCUCACAAAUGGUGUCCCAAGUACAAACACAUUUUUGAAGAAAAUAUUGGCUUCUUUCUAUACUGUAAUAGCAAGUGGUGCUUAACAUAGAUCUAUACCAUAAAGAGGAAUAUUUUAAUGCCUUGCACUAGACCAUCCUAACACAAAUUAUUUUAGACUGUCUUAAUUUGAGGAGGACUUCAAAGCAAACCCAACUCUUCGAUUACGUGCCUUUCACAACCUGUGGACUGGUAAUAUGAAUCAGCUCAAAGCUAUGGAGGGUUUUAAGAGUUAUUUUGGUAGAUCUGCUACAACUGAAAUUAAAUUGAUUUAUUGUUUUUGUGAGAAUGCUUUAAUUUAUUACAUUUUAGUUCAUGUUUCUGUAAGGAAAUUCAUGCUCAGUCUUGCAUGUCGUGAAUAAACACAAUAAUGGCAAUAGGAAUACUCAUAUUUUAUAAAAUUAGGUAUGUCUGUAUUCCUGUUAGGAAUACAUUCAUGGAGUUCAUGGGAGAAAAAUAAAUUAUAUUGCAAGAUGUCAAAGUGUUGAAACUUUGAUUACCCGAGAAUUCCAAAUUUUCCUUAUUUUAAAUAAACAGAAAUAUGGAGGUCAUUACAGUGAUAUGCUUCUAAAUA